CAUCAGGUGUCCACAGUUGCAUCUUGUAAUGGCAUCAGACCACGUGGAAAUGUCAUCUCUUGGAUGGAAGAUUCAUUUGUAGCAGACGAUGGAGUGAUUGUUGGAAUUUCCCACAUGUGUAGUUUAUAAGACUUUACUGAGUACCUGAAAGUUCCAAUUAUCUCGUUAAGAGAUGUAAAAAUAGUUUAUCAGUUUUGAACUUACAAAACUGCAAACGGCUAUAGGUAUGCAUUUAUACUUUUCAUUAUUUUAGUUUUCAAGUCUUAUUAUUUUACAUUGAAAUAAAUUAGCCAUACAAGCAAAUGGGUUUGAUGAAUGAUUAAAUAAUUGUAAAUAUCACUGUGGUGAAGUACUAAAAUAAUCUAAAUUUAAAACUUGAUUAUCAGUGUGAACCUAUCUAGAAAUACUCUGUUUAGACUCUAUCUUUUUUUUAAACAAGCUGCAUCUGUCUUGUUCCUACAUGUUAUUAAAUUCAAACCUCGAUCCAAGAAGAUCGGGAACAUGCUUUUUUGAGUUUUAUAAAAAUAAUAUGAAAAUCUUCAACUAUAACAAAAAUUAUGUUAUCAAGAGCCUUUUUUUUAUUUCAAAUUUAAUUAUUUGAUCAGAAGACGACCCUGACCUAUAUACUCUUAAAUGACGCUUAUCUAUAUGUAUAGCUAGUUUAGUUUGAUCAGAAGAC